GACAGCUUUGCGGUUCGUCCGUAGGGGCUUUAACGGCCCCGUACACUUCUGUCGGGGACGGCUCUGUCGGCCGGAGACAAAACCAUCAGGACGGACGGCAGCACGUCUGUGUGAGGAGCGAUUUUCUGACACGGGGAGACGGAUACAGACCCGUUCGAAAUGCAACAGGGGUCCGCGACCUGCCUCAUUUCGAAGUGGAUCACAGAGCUGUGGCUGGCUCAGAUAAGGAGCUUCCAACUCAGGAGGAUGCAGCUGGGGAGCAGCCUUACCAGACUGCAGAGGGGAGACAUGCUGAUGUCCUUCUAGAUAUUAGUGAGGAGGACUUCUGGGAACAACUCGAGCCACAUGAGUAUCAUUGUUACUCGGGUGUGGAAGAAGCUGUCCGGGGUUGGGCCAGAGUUGCUCCACUGAGCGGCAUACUUCUAACUCAGAAGACAUACAGGAAACCAAAGCAGAAGGAGGCUGACAAGCCGACCCCCUUGUCUGUUGACCCAACACUCCCUAAUGCAGACAGCUCAGCCAGUAUUACAGAGCACCACUGUGAGUUGCAUGCAGGCCCUCAUAGCAGCUUUAAGAAAUCCAUGCCAUUAAACCAGCAGGUGGGAUCUUGGAGUAACACUGCCGUGGCAGCUCUGCAGCCAGAAGCCUCAGAAUGGCCUGUCCUCAAUGCCACAAAGAAAACUACGUCACACCUCUUACAUGGAGAAAAGAUAGAGGAGGAAGGGAAACUCAGAGAGACUCCCCCACAGCCUCACCAUCUGUCCUCAAAAUACUCUGUGUCAGAUAACAGGCCCACUAAGCCCCAGAAACACAGCCACAGGCCCAAUAAUACAGUGGUUCCCAUUAAAAACUUUACAUUUUUACCACCAAUCAAGUCACCACACCUGAGUCCAAAGGUUGGUGGCCAGCUCUGCUCUGGCAAGAAGGCCUCAGAGGCAGAAACCUUGGAGGAAAACUGUUUCAUGUUUGAUAAGAAGAGUGAGACGAGAGGAACAAGAGUGGACCCUGCUGCUAACACAGAGCUUCCCAGUGACUCUGCAGCCCUAACCUCCAAGUACCGGACAUGUCAGCAUAACCCACACUUGUUCUCUGCUAUAAGUGUUUCUGUCCCCAAGAGGUAUCAGGUACCUGUGUCUUCCAAAUCUGACACUGUGCACCGCAGAGGCUACUCAAUGGGCAAGAGCCUGACACAGGCCCUCCACGCCAGCACUGCAGCCGGUGCACUAGCCCAUAUGCAACCCAGCUGUCUGUUCUCGUAAGGAACAAGACUGUGUAUGCUGUCAUGCUGUAUGAGCCCUGUGAAAUAAAACUUGAAAUGUCUGAUGAUGACUUUCAAGUAUACAACUUUAAACUCUCCCGUUCAACCCAUUAAAACCUGUUUUAUCCUA